UAUGAAUAAAACAACUGUGUGGGAUAUAGGUCAUAAGCCUGGAAGAUUAUCUUGCGCAUUUAAUGCAUCGCCUCGUUCAACAAUACAAUGGUUUAAGAAUGGUAAAUUAAUCACAGACAAUAAAUAUCUCUAUAGAGUAGAGGAAUCUCACACAGAUAGUGUAUUACAUAAAUUUUGGACGACUAUCAGUAGUAUCGUAUUUUACGGUUACGACCGGGGGAUAAAUGAAUACUCGGCCGACAAUACACUAAAUCCUUCCGAUGCAGGUAUUUAUACCUGCGUUGUGUCCAAUACUUAUGGAAAGAUACAAUCCGAAACGGAACUCAUAAUUGAAUUUCCUCCUAUCGUUACUACUUCAACACCAUUCGCUGCUGUAGAUAUCAAAGAUAAUAUUCCAGCAGUUUUACAAUGUGCAGUUCAUUCCGUUCCAUCUUCCACCGUUGAGUGGUAUAAGGGAGACAAACUACUAUCUCCUCAAGAACGAAUAUCAAUAGAGAACGGUAAAGGAGAAAAGUUCGAAAGUUCACUAUCGAUUAUAAAGGUUUCGAAACUCGAUUAUGGAAAUUAUAGAUGUGUCGCAACUAAUAAAUAUAACGAAAAGGGAGAAACUUCAGUAGUUUUACAGGAAAAAUCUCGACCAAAUCAAAUAAAAGAUUUUAAAUUGAGUAGCCGAACUUGGAAUAGUCUCAAUUUAUAUUGGACACCUGGUUUUGACGGGGGUGAAACCCAAUCAUUUAAAUUAGUUUAUACAAAGAAAAAUUCAAACCAAUUACCUCUCCAUAUUGAAAAAAUUACCCAAAAUCGUUACAACUUGACGGGGUUAGAGCCAGAUAACAAUUACGAAGUUACAAUUUAUCCAUUCAAUAUCAUGGGAUUUGGCCCUCCAACCUCUUCUCUAACAUUUAAAACGUCAAAGCUUUUACUUCCCGUACCUCAGAGAAUAGAGUACUACUUUUCAAAGAGAAUUUUAUCAUAUAGAGUUCCAUCAUCGGCUAUAUGCGUCAAAGUAGAAAUUUACGAAAAAGACUGGAAAAUUCUCGUAACUUGCGCUCCACACGGAAAUGGAACAUACAAAGUUUCCAGCAAGUUUUCACCAAAGAAAAUCAGAGUGUCUUUUUGUUCUCGUCAUUUCAAAAGUAUUUGUGGUCCAAAUAGUGAAGCUCUUUUUGUUUACGACGAUGUUGAAGAACAACAGGCAAUUUCAACCGGAACAGUAAUAAUAAUUGGAAUAGUAUCAGUGUCAAUUGUUCUCAUUCUAUUGAUUAUCGUAAUAUUUACAAUUAUUAAAAGAAGAAAACCCCCUAGUCAAAAAGUCGUUAUCGAUGAAAAAUUGGACGAUUCAUUAUGGUCAAGAACGAAAAAGUGUUUGACUAGUAAUCUUAAUGACGUAUGUGAUAUUCCGUCUACAGUUGAAGUUAACGGAAAUGAUACUUACAGCUACCCUCAUCAUCGACUACAGCGAUCAUGCGAAAUUCCUGUUGUUUUAGCUCCGACACCCAGUGAUUCUGGAUCGAAUUCUACAAAAAAAACAUUUUAUGAAGUGCGAGUUUAG